UACUCCAAAAUUAACAUAAUAAUAAAAUCAAUAUAUUGUGGAGGAUUUUUUUAAUGGAUUUAACAGUAAUGUUAGAAAAAAUAGCAUCAGCUGUCAAGUGUAAAUUAAUUGUCUAAAUCUAAAGAAAAGUGUUUAUUUUCCGACUUCAAAUUUGACAAGUUAGGUUAGGUCUUUAAUCAUAUGUGCCGGCGUUCCUCACACUGACAAUGAAUCAUCAUGUGUGGAUACAUUUCAAGCAUACACAUACAUAUAUAUAAAUAUAAAUGCGUUGACGGCGUAGAUCUAGCAUAAGAUCAAAAACACCGUAAAAACGGACUUAUGAACAGUCGAAAAACAAGUGACAGAUCGGUGUGGAUAAAAUCACGGCAAAAUCAUUUGCUGAUCACUUGACGUCACUGAUUAGACCGCCAAGAUGGUUGUCAAUGUUGAUAAGUGGUUUGAUUACUUGUAAUAUCGAGCGAUAAAACAAUCGCAAAGACGGGAACCCCUUAUUACGGGUGUACAUAAUAAUGUCAAUAAAGUAAGUAGAAGUGCAAAGUUGCCUGAAUUAAGGCCAGGCAAGCUGACGAUGGCGGACAGUGAGGAUGUGGAAAUUCGUCGAGCAUUAUAUGUUGUUCAAUCUAUGAUUGACAUCUCGGCUGAAAGGCUUGAAGGUCUUAGAACGAAAUGCUCUACAAGUGCAGAGCUUACCCAACAAGAAAUUCGCACUUUAGAGGGUAAACUCAUCAAGCUCUAUUCCAAACAACUGGUAACCAAGGCCAAACUCGCAGUGGAUUCGCUUCCUCCUGAAAUGCGACAAUAUCCUUCAUUACCUCAAUGGCUACGUGUUGUAGGACUUACUCCAGAAUCUAUUCGUAUUGUUUGCGCCAAAGCUCAUACUUUAGAGGCAUUAAAAGAAAAAUCAGAACGAGAAUUGAGCAGUAUAUUGGAUGAAAAUAAUUCUCGACAUGAAGAAGAACUUCGAAGAUUGUGUCGAGCAUUACACAAUCUUCGACGCUACAUAGACGUUCUUUUACAAGGUGAUAAAGAUAAUAGUGAAAUGAAUUUAUAUUGGGAUUCUUGGGAUAGGCAUCAUCUUCGAAGUGGUCCUUCACCACGUCUUUUACGUUCACGAAAUGCUCGCAGCUCUGUGCCAUCUGAAGAUAGUAUUUCCAUUUAUCAUCACAAUAACAACUAUAGUAGUCAUAAUAUCAGUAAUAAUAAUAACAAUGGUAAUCGCAAUCACAAUAAUAUCAAUAACAACGACGUCAAUAGAGAAAUAUUAGGUUCAGCUUCUUCAACAAAUUGUAUAUCUAGUAGUCCACCUUCUACGCCAAUACUUACCAAGCAAAUAAAAGCUUCAGUUAAAUUUCCAACGACACCACCACCAAAUAAAAAACAUCAAACUGGUCUACAAACCUCUGGAUCUCAACCAGAAGUUUUCCCACUCACUAAGUCAAAGUCUCACGAAUCUCAAUUGGCCACUAGACUGGAAAAUGGCGACACUAACUCAAGUUGUAGCAGUGGAAUUGAUUAUCAAAGACGUAUGCGUUUACCAGGAGAGUCAGGAUCUAGCAGUAGUGCUAACAUAACUAGUGAUAGUUUGAUCAGUUCAAAUAGUCCAUUAAAGUCACCACCGUACUCAAGUGCUGAAAGUGAUGAUAGUGGUUAUAAAGGCACAGUGACGAGUCUUCAAGUGCCAAAAUCACCUAGGACACCAACAGUAUCUCGUGGUAUGGGUCAUAUUAUUGCUCAUCGAUUUACUAAAACCUUCAAAAUGAUGACAACGUGUGAUUAUUGCGAUAAACAGAUGUUCAUGGGACUUAAAUGUAAAGAGUGCAAAUAUAAAUGUCACAGAGAUUGUGAAUCUAAAGUUCCACCUUCUUGUGGUUUACCUCAGGAGCUGAUUGACGAAUUCAAAAGAACGUUAGUGGCUGAAGGAUUGGCAAAUGCGUCACCAAUUCUCAACAAGUCUGGUAUCGUAUCACCAAAUCAUCAUUCAUCGAAUAUUCCAAGCCUGAAUAACCGAAGAGACCGCAAGCAAUCACACCCACACGUUUCACGCACUCACAUGCUGACUGAUAACCCGCCUUUCGCAGGUGCUGAAUCCAGUUCAAAUACCUCAAGCUGUAACAGCUCGACUCCUUCUAGUCCAGCAUUACUACCAGUUAAUACCAAUCAAACUCCUCAUCAACUACUAAUUAAACAACAAUUUCACUUUCCUGAUGUUACGCUUAAUGAUAAAGCCGUGAUGAUUGACCAUAAUAAUCGAUUAGAAAGUACCACGAUGUCUAAUGACAGUGAUAAAACUCUUAGUAUUUCGGGCAGCGCAAGUACGGAUUCCGAAAGAACACCAGUUCGAGUUGAUUCUCAAGAUUCUCAAGUGUCAGAUGGAGAACCUGGAGAAAGCCGUUGGCCACGUCAAAAUAGUUUAUCAAUCAGGGAAUGGGAAAUCCCUUAUGAUGAAUUGAAAAUUGGCGAACCAAUUGGUACUGGUAGAUUUGGAACUGUAUAUAGAGGCCAAUGGCAUGGAGAUGUAGCUAUUAAAGUACUCAAUAUGGAUUAUUAUUCUGAUGAUGACAAGACUCUUGAAGCAUUCAAAUUGGAGGUGGCAACAUUCCGAAAAACAAGACAUGAAAAUCUUGUUCUUUUUAUGGGUGCUUGUAUGAAACCUCCUCGUUUAGCAAUUGUUACGAGUAUGAGCAAAGGUAUGACUCUUUACACCCACAUCCAUCUCAGAAAGGAUAAAUUUAAUAUGAACAAAACUACUAUUAUCGCUCAACAGAUAUCUCAGGGAAUGGGUUAUCUUCAUGCUCGUGGAAUAGUUCACAAAGAUCUCAAGAGCAAAAAUAUUUUUUUAGAAACUGGAAAAGUUGUUAUUACAGAUUUUGGAUUAUUCAGUGUUACGAAACUUUGCUAUGGAAACAGGAAAAGUCACGGUCUAAGUAUUCCACCUGGUUGGCUAUGUUAUUUAGCACCAGAAAUAGUCCGAAAGUUACGACCACAGCAAACAAGAGAUCAGGAGGAGCUGUCAUUCACGGAAGCCUCUGAUAUUUAUGCCUUUGGAACGGUGUGGUACGAAUUACUUUGUGGUGAAUGGCCAUUUAAAGGACAACCACCUGAAGCGAUAAUAUGGCAAGUUGGUAAAGGAAUGAAGCAAACACUAGCCAACUUGCAGGCCUCUCGGGAGGUCAAGGAUAUUCUUAUGCACUGUUGGUCGUAUCAUGAAGAAAAACGACCAGAUUUUUCUAAACUUCUGACGAUGCUGCAAAAGCUGCCUCGAAAAAGAUUAGCUCGUAGCCCUUCUCACCCUAUCCACCUUUCGCGUUCUGCAGAAUCAGUGUUUUAAACAAAAACUUACUACAGUUUAAUCGAAAUUGAAUUGACUGUAAAUAAUUCAUUAAUAAGUACCUCGGAAUGUGACUCUAAUUAAUAUUACGUUUUAUGAUAGUUUCACAUUCCCACAACUCUAUUAUUAAGUAAAGAAUAAUUCAACAAAUUUCUUGAAAUUAUUAUUACUGUUGUCAAUGUUAGUGUCAUUAUCAUUGCUAUUGUUAUUAUUACCUUUGUAUAUAAAUGAGAUGUAAUUGUUUGACGACUUACGUUGACGUGAACGAUUGAUUACUCCAAUCGUUCUAUUGAAAAUAGUCAUUAAAUUUUAUUUCAUCAUUCUUA